AUGAGUGGAAACAAUGAUUAUGAGAAGUUACAGCUAUCUAAACAAGAUUUGAGGUAUUUAUAUGGCCAAAUAUUCAACAAUGCAACCUCCAAACUUGACCUUCAUUUACCCACAUCGAAUAAUGACCCUCUAAAGACAAAAGUUGCAAAUUUGUUAGACGAAUUUAUAUUAGAUGCAUUUGAGAUGGCGAAACAGUCUAUAAUGAUAGAUGGGUAUGAUAUGUCGGGAAGAAAGAACCCCAAGCCUAUAUCAGAAUUAUUAUCUUUAAAGUCAAAAGAGAAAAUAGAGCCAUUUGAUUUCGAACUAAAUACACAAUUGCGGGACGUUUUGGAGCAUGUUGAGCAAGAAACAAUACAAGUGAGUAAGCUCAGAAGAGAGUUGCCUUCUAAAGCGAGGGAAAUGUACGAUAACUUGAUUUCCAACACAGAUAAUGAUGUUUCUGCGAUAUUAGCAGAAUUGGACUCUGAAUUGCAACAAGAACUACAAGACGAUGCUGACGAACCAGAAAUAGAUGAAUCGCUGUUGAUACCGAGAAUUGAUUCAAUUGUUGAUGAUUAUCAACAAGCAUUUCUAAUACUAAACAAUCUCAAGAGAAGGAUGCCGGAACAAAAAUCCGAGUUAGAUAAAUUGGACGAAACCAUACAACUCUUGGAAACGGCCUACAGGCGGCAGCAAAGUGAAUCUGGUUUAUGA